GCGCUUUAAAAAGCCAAACCCGCGCAAAUCCAGUCGUCACUCACUCUUCUUUUUUCUUGUUUCUUGCUUCCACUGCACUCCAUCCACAAACCCACUGCUGUCAUUUUUGCUCAGUGAGACCGCCACUCGUCCACCACACAGUCGCCGUCCACCCCAGCACUUGAACUCGAAAUCUCAAAGCUCAAGUUCCACCCACCCACCAUCAUGCCACCCAAGUUCGACGUCAGCCAAAUCCGCUCCAUCAUGGAUCGCAAGGCGAACAUACGCAACAUGUCGGUGAUUGCCCAUGUCGACCACGGCAAGUCGUCUCUGACCGACUCGCUCGUCUCCAAGGCCGGCAUCAUUGCCGAGGACAAGGCGGGCAAGCUCCGCUUCACAGACACGCGCCCGGACGAGCAGGAGCGCUGCAUCACAAUCAAGUCGACCGCCGUCUCGCUCUUCUACGAGCUGUCGGACAAGGACUUGACCUACAUCCAGCAACCCGUCGACGGCAACUCGUUCCUCAUCAACCUCAUCGACUCUCCCGGGCACGUUGAUUUCUCCUCCGAAGUGACGGCCGCGCUUCGCGUGACGGACGGCGCCUUGGUGGUCGUCGACUGCGUCUCGGGCGUCUGCGUCCAGACCGAAACCGUCCUGCGACAAGCCAUCACCGAGCGCAUCAAGCCCGUGCUCAUGCUCAACAAGAUGGAUCGCGCGCUGCUCGAGCUCCAGCUCGACGGAGAGCGACUCUACCUCACCUUCCGCAAGAUUAUCGAGCAAGUCAACUCAAUCAUCGCAACCUUCAGCGAGCCCGACGGCCCCAUGGGCGAUGCCACCGUGUCCGUGACGGCCGGUAGCGUGUGCUUUGGCUCUGGCCUGCAGGCCUGGGGCUUUACGCUCAAGCAGUUUGCCGAGUUUUACGCGACCAAGUUCAACGUCUCCGUGACCAAGAUGAUGGACCGGCUCUGGGGCGAGCACUUUUACUCACCCACCGAGCGCAAGUGGUCCGACCAACCAUUGCCGGGCUACGUGCGCGGCUUUGUCCACUUUGUCAUGGACCCCAUCGAGCGCGUCUUCAAGUCCGUCAUGCACCCAGAACAGGCAGCGCAGCCCUUGGACACCCUGCUCGAGGUGCUCAACAUUAACUUUACCAAGGCCCAGCGGGAUGCUGCCAAGACCAACAAGGAGCUGCUCAAGGCUCUCAUGAGCACAUGGCUGCCCGCCGGCGACGCCUUGCUCCAGAUGAUCACCAUCCACCUGCCAUCACCCGUCACCGCGCAAAAGUACCGCUGCGAGCUCCUCUACGAGGGUCCUCAAGACGACGAGGCUGCCAUGGCCAUCAAGAACUGCGAUCCCAACGGCCCGCUCGUCAUGUACAUUUCCAAGAUGGUCCCAACCGCCGACGCGAGCCGCUUUUACGCCUUUGGCCGCGUCUUUGCAGGCAAGGCCAGCUCUGGCCAGAAGGUCCGCAUCAUGGGCCCCAACUUUGUCCCCGGCCAAAAGGACGAUUUUUACGUCAAGAACAUUGCCCGCACGGUGCUGAUGAUGGGUCGCUACAUUGAAGCCCUCGACGACGUGCCCUGCGGCAACAUUGCCGGCCUGGUCGGCAUCGACAGCUACCUGGUCAAGACCGGCACCAUCACGACGUACGAGGAGUGCCACAACAUGCGCGUCAUGAGUACCGACUCGCUGUCGUCGUGCAUGACACGAACGAGCGAGCACAUCAUCGCCGGCGCCGGCGAGCUGCAUCUCGAAAUCUGUCUCAAGGACUCGAGGAAAUCACGCCGGCGUCCGAUCAAGCGCUCGAAUCCUGUGGUUGCCUACCGCGAGACGGUCUCGCAAGAGUCUGAAAUCCUCUGCCUCUCAAGUCGGGCAACAACCACAACCGAAUCUUUGCCAAGGCCACCCGCUCGAAGAAGGCCUGGCGACGCCAUCGAGAGCGGCGCCGUCUCGAGCCGCACCGAGUCCAAGGAGCGCGCCCGGUACCUUGCCGAGAAGUUUGACUGGGAUCCCACCGAAGGUCGCAAGCUGUGGUGCUUUGGUCCGACCGACGACGGCCCCAACAUGCUCGUCGAUGCCACCAAGGGUCUCCAGCUCAUGGACCAGAUCAAGGACUCGUGCUCGCGCGGCUUCCAAUGGGCCACGCGCGAGGGCGUCUUGUGCAACGAGCAAGUCCGCGGUGUUCGCGUGCGCAUCCUUGACGCGACCAUCAUCCCCGAUCAGGCACAUCGCGGCGCCGUCCAAAUCCUGCCCGCAAUGCGCCGCUGCACGUACGCCAGCAUGCUCUCAGCCAAGCCAAAGCUGCUCGAGCCGUUCUUCCAGGUCGAGGUCCAAGUGCCGACCGACUCUGUCGGCAGCGUGUACAGCGUGCUCAACAGCCGACGCGGCUUGGUGAACGGACAGGAGGUCCAAGACGGCGUGCCAGUCACCAUCGUCAAGGCCUUCAUGCCCGUCAGCGAGUCCUUUGGCUUCAACGCGGCCCUUCGCGAAGCCUCCCGAGGCACCGCAUUCCCGCAAUGCACCUUCUCGCACUAUGACGAGCUGCCCGGCAACCCGCUGCAGGCUGGAAACAGGGCUUACGACGCGCUCAUGGCCACCCGCAAGCGCAAGGGCAUGGAGCUUGUUGUGCCCGUCCUGCAAAGCUACCACGAUCGUCUCUAAAGCGUGCAGAGCUUCUUCUUUUUUUGCUGAUUGAUUGAUUUCUUCCGCGCUCUUGGAGGUGACAUUUUUGGUUUCUCGAUUGAUUUGAUGUCUUUGUCUUGUUCCUUGUUCUUUUUUUGUUCUUUUUUUCGUUUCUUUCUUUCCUCGUUGUGAUUGUAUGUUUGUCUUUUUGUUUUAAAUUAUCAUAAAC